AUGGCCCGUUCAAAACCCUAACCGCUACUCCCGCCCGUUCACAUUGCACCUAAGAAAUCACUCAACACCGAUGAUUCCAGCUUUAGGGUUGGGCGGUACGAUGGAAAACCAAAGCAAAGAGCAGGAAUUUGAGACUUUGCCAACUGGGGUUUUUGAGAUUUCUGGAGAGCCUGCCAUUGUUAUUAAUGGGGUUCCGGAUGUAUCUUCAAAUGACGGCUCUCUGGUUCACUGUGAUACUAUAAGUGACACGGGAUCACACCAAGAGACAGUUUUUGGUGAAUGGUUGGAAGGAAGAGAAGUUCGAAAGUUGUUUGGAGGGCAGUACUAUUCUGGGGUGGUGACCCUGUUUGACAAGGAAGCAGGUUGGUACAGGGUGGUAUAUGAAGACGGUGACUUUGAAGAUCUUGAGUGGCAUGAGUUGGAAGAAGUGCUUGUGCCCCUUGAUGUUUCAGUUCCAUUGAAGUCACUGGCAAUGAAGAUCAUCAGGAAGAACCAGAGACCCAUUCAAAAACCUGGGAAAGAAGUACCUAAAUGUGGAAAUCGCCGGCUCAAAAAAGCUAUAGGUAUGGGAAAGACAGUGCAGUUGCCUGAAGAAGCUUCUCCACCGAAAUUUAAUGGUAACCACAGUGAAAGUGCCACUCCAAAGGGUGACUAAUAGAUUUCAGACAGCGCAAGAAUAGCUUAUCAUAAGAGAAAGCAACUAAUCAGAAGGUCUGAACUACACAGGAUGGCUCUCUAAUAGAAGUCGCAAUGGAGGCAAGGAUGCAAGGUGAACUUGAACCGAGGAAUACACACACACAUAACAUGUCAUUCAAAUUUGCCUUAUUGUGCAUCUUUUCUCAUUACAGAAAUAACACUGAGCAACAAGAUGAAUGACCUUUUGUUUGGAAUCUGUGUUUCAGAAUUUCAAAUAGUAAAUUGAAGAAACAUUUUGUCUA